GUUGAUUUAUCUUGUAUUAUUUGUUUCCCUGUACCAAAUGGUGUUGAACCAAGCGGAUAAUGAUAACUAUGUAAGUUUGAAUUAAAACUUCCGCGAUAAUUCACGUCGAGCAUUGUAACACAAAUUUCAUAAAUUUGGUUACAAUUUGAAUCCGUGUUUUUUCUCUCCACAGGGUCCUUACACAUUAAGCUGGCAAAAGUUUGAAACAUGCAAGGGCCCAAAACAGACAGAUUGCGGUAAAUUUGGAGUGGAAAACACACAAAAUAUGUCAGACCUUGUGUUUCUCUUGGAUUUUCCAAAAGACUGCCCUGCAACCGCAGCCAAAAUCACUGUCAGUACAAUUCAAAACGGUAAGACAUCAAAAAAAUUAUGGAACUACGCUAUCAACAAGCCAUGUCAACAUUUCGUGCUGGGCCCGAUUAUCAUGGAUUCAUUUAACCUUACAAGUAAUUGCAAAAUCAACAAGGGAAGUUACGCGAUUCACUUGAAUUACAUUGAAAAAGUCAAGCUCUUCCUUGGAUCGAAAUUUUUCUACGGAACCUAUGAAUUCAGAAUUUUUUCGUUUAACAAAAACGACAACUUUUUCUGUGUCGACACCAUCAUUGAUAUCAAAAAUAGUAAUUGAAUGACAGACACCUUUGCCAUGUUCCUAGUUUGGUAAAUUAAAAAAUAUAUAUAUUACACUACACAA